AAUUGUUUGGACAUGGGGGGGGGGGUCAUCAAAUCGCAGGGCAGGCACUGAAGUGUGGCUUUUCAGUGUAGCAGUAAGGACAGGCGACCACGCAGAUGUGCACGCACAUGGGUGAUAAUUUAGCCAAUCAGAAUAUAUACAUUUUAAAGGUGGUACCUGUCUUGACUCUUAUCAUUAGGCUAGAGGUAGAUUUCCCAAGAAACCAAGUAAAAUCUGUUUUGAGGGCUGGAUUUCUCCCCUUUUUGACUUUGAUGGAUUUGGUGAGGGGCGAGGGGGCUGGGAUGACGUGGCCGCUCACUCACAGGGACCAGCCGCAGGAUCUGCAGGAACGAAUUUCAUAUACACCUCCCGAGAGCCCGGUGCCCAGUUACGCUUCCUCGACUCCACUUCAUGUUCCAGUGCCCCGAGCGCUCAGGAUGGAGGACGACUCGAUCCGCCUGCCCGCGCACCUGCGAAACACUUAAACUACGGAUCUCAAUUUCGCCUUUGACCAAGAAAUGAGAAAUAUCUAAUGAGGAUCCCCUGCAACCUCAGAUGGUUUUUAUCUUAAAAGGCUUGCAGCCAAUUUACUGGAGCAGGGAUGACGUAGCCCAGUGGCUCAAGUGGGCUGAAAAUGAAUUUUCUUUAAGGCCAAUUGACAGCAACACGUUUGAAAUGAAUGGCAAAGCGCUUCUGCUGCUGACCAAAGAGGACUUUCGCUAUCGAUCUCCUCAUUCAGGUGAUGUGCUCUAUGAACUCCUUCAGCAUAUUCUGAAGCAGAGGAAACCUCGGAUUCUAUUCUCGCCCUUCUUCCACCCUGGAAACUCUAUACACACACAGCCAGAAGUCCUACUGCAUCAGAACCAUGAAGAAGAUAACUGUGUCCAGAGGACCCCGCGGCCUCCGGUGGAGAACGUGCACCACAACCCCCCCACCAUUGAACUGUUGCACCGGUCUAGAUCACCCGUCACAGCCAACCACCGGCCUUCUCCCGACCCCGAGCAGCGGCCCCUGCGGUCCCCCCUGGACAACAUGAUCCGCCGCCUCUCCCCAGCCGAGAGGGCCCAGGGGCCGAGGCUCCACCAGGAGAACAACCACCAGGAGUCCUACCCCCUGUCAGUGUCUCCCAUGGAGAAUAACCACUGCCCACCGUCCUCCGAGCCCCACCAGAAGCCAUCGAGCCCCCGGCAGGAGAGCACCCGUGUGAUCCAGCUGAUGCCCAGUCCCAUCAUGCACCCUUUGAUCCUCAACCCUCGGCACUCCGUGGAUUUCAAACAGUCCAGGCUCUCUGAGGACGGGCUGCACAGGGAAGGGAAGCCCAUCAACCUCUCCCAUCGGGAAGACCUGGCGUACAUGAACCACAUCAUGGUCUCGGUCUCCCCGCCCGAGGAGCACGCCAUGCCCAUUGGGAGAAUAGCAGACUGUAGACUGCUUUGGGAUUACGUCUAUCAGUUGCUUUCUGACAGCCGGUACGAAAAUUUCAUCCGAUGGGAAGACAAAGAAUCCAAAAUAUUCCGGAUAGUGGAUCCCAAUGGACUGGCUCGACUGUGGGGAAACCAUAAGAACAGAACAAACAUGACCUAUGAGAAAAUGUCCCGAGCCCUGCGCCACUACUACAAACUGAACAUUAUCAGGAAGGAGCCAGGACAAAGGCUUUUGUUCAGGUUUAUGAAAACCCCGGAUGAGAUCAUGAGUGGCCGAACGGACCGUCUGGAGCACCUCGAGUCCCAGGAGCUGGAUGAACAAAUAUACCAAGAAGAUGAAUGCUGAGGGAACCAACCCACCACCUCAGCGGGCCACCAGCUGGGGGGGCCCCCUGCUCGCCAGGGGCCUGGAGGCAAGCCGAGCAUGCGGGCUGAGACUAGAAUGGGAAGAGACCCGGAAGUGGGAGUGACACCUGUCUCGCAUCGCGGGAGGGCCCCCAGAGCACCUUAGACAAACCACCCAGCAAAGGCAGGGCUGGAAUUCUGGCCGAGGGCACGAGCCUGGGACUCGCGGUUCCCUGUUUCCUCCUCAUUUGGAACCUCUCCAUCUGUAAUUCCUCACCCUCACUCGUCCACCUAUUGUUAGUUUCAUGGUGUUUUCAUUUUUUUUUUUAAGACCAUGCAGUUUGACUUUUCAUCAUUCAUAAUAGGGGAAGACAUCCGAGGUUGUUUUCCUAUGGAAAUAUAUAUCUAUUAUAUAUAUAUAUUUUUUGCAAAUCUCACAAAGUGCAGCAAGCCCAGCUGGUCAGGAAAGAGAACACACAUGCAAAGGGUUUCAGGUUCCUCUUUAUCCUGCCACAAGGACCAGGUUUGUUCCUGUUGCUGUUGGGUCUUGGCUGGGGGCGGUGGGGGGUCGGG